AACCUCAUCAAGUUUGUUGGAUGGCAGCCAUACUGGAUUCUCUUGUUGGGUCAUGUGCCAAAAAAAUGCAAGAAAUGAUUACAGAAGAGGCAGUUUUGAUUCUAGGGGUAGAAGAAGACCUCAAAGAACUGCAGCGAACAAUGACCCAGAUACAAUGCUUUCUUAAUGAUGCUGAGAAAAGGAGGAUAAAAGAAUCAGCAGUUAACAAUUGGCUUGGUGAGCUGAGAGAUGCUAUGUAUUAUGCUGAUGAUAUUAUCGACAUCGCAAGAUCUGAAGGGAGAAUGCUACUAGCAGGACGUCCUUCAUCAUCGAGAGAGUCAACUAAAUGUGGUGGCAUUUCAUUUUUCACUUGCAUUCCAAAUGUUCUGAAGCGUCACAAGAUUGCUGUUAAAAUCAGAGACUUCAAUGCUGAACUUGAGAAGAUCUCAAAGUUGGGUGAAAGAUUUUUAGGGCUUCAGAGUAUGCAACCUAAAUCAGAAGUUACGAAUGUGAAGAGAACUACCAACCUUGUGGAGCCUAAUCUUGUGGGAAAGGAAACAUUACGUGCUUGCAAAAGAUUGGUUAAAAAUGUGCUUGAAAAUAAGGAAAAGAAGGCGUACAAGGUUGGUAUUGUUGGAACAGGUGGGAUAGGGAAGACAACUCUAGCUCAAAAAAUAUAUAAUGACAAAAAGCUAGAAGGAGCCUUUAGCAAGAAAGCUUGGAUAUGUGUUUCUCAGGAGUACUCUGAAGUCGCUCUUUUGAAAGAAAUUCUUCGAAGUUUUGCGGUACACCAUGAGCAGGAUGAAACUGAGGGAGAGCUCAGCAGCAAGCUUGCAGCCGCGGUUACCGAUAAAAGUUUCUUCCUUGUGCUAGAUGAUGUUUGGCAGCCUGAGGUGUGGACCAAUUUUCUGAGAAUCCCAUUACAUGCUACUGCAACUGGAGUAAUUCUAGUUACCACUCGGCAUGAUACAGUUGCACAUGCAAUUGGGAUGGAAUAUGUGCAUCAAGUUGAUCUGAUGUCAGCAGAUGUAGGAUGGGAGCUGCUUUGGAAGAGUAUGAACCUCAAUGAAGAAAAAGAUGUGGAAAAACUUCGGGAUAUGGGUUUCGAUAUUGUUCGCAAAUGUGGUGGACUUCCGCUUGCAAUCAAGGUUACGGCCAGUGUUCUAUCAACUAAAGAGAAAACAGAGAAUGGGUGGAGAAAAUUUAUUGAUGGAAGUGGUUGGUCUGUGGACAAUCUUCCUACUGGGCUUAGAGGUGCUUUGUAUUUGAGUUACGAUGACCUACCAAGUCAUCUGAAGCAGUGUUUUCUUUAUUGUGCUCUUUACCCUGAAGAUGGGUUGCUGUACCGUGAUUGUCUUGUGAUACAUUGGGUUGCUGAAGGCUUUAUAGAGCAGCAACAAGGCCAACUUAUGGAAGACACAGCAGAAGAGUACUACUAUGAACUAAUUAAUCGGAAUCUCCUCCAACCAAAUGGUACAUCUGUAGACCAUGCGGUAUGCAAAAUGCACGACCUCUUAAGGCAGCUUGCUUGUUACUUGUCAAGGGAAGAAUGUUUCAUCGGAGACCCUGAAUCUUUAGGGGUUAUCAAUAUAUCAAGACUACGACGCCUUACCGCUGUCACUAAGGCGGAUAGUGCAGUGUUACCUAGCAUGGAUAAGGGGGAAUUUAAACUGAGGACCUUCAACACUGAUCAGAAGCCAUGGAGUGUCGAUGAAACAUUUUUCAAGAGAUUUCCCUAUAUUCGAGUUUUGAAUCUGAGUGACUCACUUGUACACAGCAUCCCAGAUUAUAUAAGAAAUAUGAUCCAUCUACGUCUACUUGAUCUUGAUGGGACGGACAUAUCUGGUCUUCCAGAGUCCAUCAGCUCUCUAUUGAAUCUUCAGAUACUGAAUUUGUCGAGGUGCAAAGAUUUGUACAGCCUUCCGUUGGCAGUCAUUCGGUUGUGCAAUUUACGGCGCCUCGGGAUUGCUGAUACACCCAUAAAUCAGGUUCCAAAAGGUAUUGGACGAUUAGAAUUCCUCAAUGAUUUGGAAGGAUUUCCUGUUGGUGCUGGAGGUGAUGAUGGUAAAAUACAAGAUGGAUGGAAGUUGGAAGAGUUGGCACAUCUCUCACAGCUAAGGCGGCUUAAUAUGAUUAAAUUGGAAAGGGCUACCCCUUCCAGUACAUAUUCAUUGUUAACAGAGAAAAAACAUCUCAAAGUUUUGAAUCUGUUCUGCACAGAACGUACAGAUGAACCAUAUUCAGAGGAAGAUGUUAGCAAUAUUGAGAAGAUCUUUGAGCAGCUAGUCCCUCCACCCAACCUGGAAGAUCUAGCUAUCAGUAGAUUCUUUGGCCGGAGGUAUCCCACAUGGCUUGGUACCACACAGCUAUCUUCAGUUAUGUACUUGAAUCUCCUAGACUGCAAUUCAUGUGUGCUUCUUCCACCAAUCGGGCAGCUGACCAACCUAAUAUAUCUGAGAAUUGAUGGAGCAGCAGCAGUUACCAAGAUUGGACCCGAAUUCGUGGGUUGCAGGGGAGAUAAUCGUAGAUCCACGGAUGUGGUUGUUGCUUUCCCCAAGCUCGAAUCGUUGCAUUUCUGUAAUAUGCCCAAUUGGGAGGAGUGGUCCUUUGUUGAAGAGGGAGAUGCAGAGGCAGCGGAAGGGGGAGAGGAUGGAUCUGCUGAGAUACAAAAGGGGGAAGCCCCGUCUCCAGGGAUGCAGCUGCUGCCACGCUUGAAGAAGUUGGUCUUUGUGGGCUGCCCUAAGCUGGGAUCUCUCCCACGAAAGCUAGGACAGGAGGCCACCAGCUUGAAAGUGCUCGAUAUAAUAGGAGCAAGCUCCUUGAAGGUGGUGGAGGACCUCCCGUUCCUCUCUGAGAGGCUUCUAAUCAACGGAUGCGGCGGCCUAGAGAGGGUAUCUAACCUUCCCCAAGUGGGGGAUCUGUGUGUAACUCGUUGCCGAGGCUUGAGCUGUGUUGAGGGGUUAGGUAAUUUGCAGCAGCUGUGGCUGGACGACGAUAUGAAAGAGCUAUCCUCGCUGUGGAUACCAGGGCUUCAACAAGAGCACAAACAACUUCAUGGUGAAGACCUGGAUGUCUACGGCUGGCACUGAUGCCCCACUGCAUAUGGAUUGAGAAGGAAUAUGGUAGUUAACUGCAAAGGCUUGGAAAUUGCAACCUGGUGAUUGAUCUAUGGGCGCAAAAAUACUGUCAGAUUUAUCUUGUGUCAGAAAAAGGAGGAAGGAGAAAAUCCAAAUAAAAAUGGAAAAUAAAAAUCCAAAAAAAGAAAAGAAGAAAAUUCC